AUGCGUUUUUUAUGUUCUAAUGAUCAACCGAAUUUCAAUUUGUAUGAAUCUCCUGAAGGAGUCCUCAAAUAUUCUGAUGGAGAAUUGGCAUCUAAAGUUAGAGCCUGUAAUCCUGCUUUUGAUUAUGUGCCUCCUGAAUUAGUGACUCUAUUCAUAUCCAAUGUGGGUGGACAUUCACCAUCUUAUAUAUAUCGACUAAUCAGUGAAUUGUAUCAUCCGGAUGAUAAUUAA